CCCAUUACAGCCAUGCCCUGUGUCCAGGCUCAGUACGGCUCCUCUCCGCAGGGUGCCAGUCCGGCGUCCCAGAGCUACAGCUGCCCGGGGAGUGGCGAGUACAGCUGCGACUUUCUCACGCCGGAGUUUGUGAAGUUCAGCAUGGACCUGACCAAUACUGAGAUCACGGCGGCCACCACGUCGCUACCCAGCUUCAGCACAUUUGUGGACAGCUACAAUGCUGCAGGCAGCACCGCCAGUGGCACCAGUGCCGGCAGCGCCAACCUGGGCUACGACGUGAAGCCACCCUGCUUGUACCAGCUGCCCCACUCGGGCGACCCUUCAUCCAUCAAGGUUGAGGACGUGGCCCUGCACGGUUACCCCCACCACCACCACCACCCUCACCCCCACCACCCCCACCAGGGCCAUCUGGGCCCCCAACCCGAGGAGAUCAUGGUGACCCAUUCGGGUUCUGUCUACUUCAAACCGCCCUCGUCCUCCUCUUCCUCCUCCUCUUCCUCCUCUUCUUCAUCCUCCUCGCCCCACGCGCACGCGCCCAGCACCCCGGGCUUCCAGCUACAGGCCGCUCCCGCGUGGGAGGACCCGGCGGGCCCCCUGCACGCCUUCCACCACAGCUACGUGCUGGAGCAGCGCAAGCACAACCCGGUCUCCAGGCUCUCCUUGUUCUCCUUCAAGCAGUCUCCGCCCGGCACGCCCACAGUCUCAAGCUGCCAGAUGCGCUUCGACGGUCCGCUGCAUGUGGCCAUGAGCCACGAGCCCUCCGCGCCGCCGCCUCCGCACGGAGCCCCGGGCUUCGCAAUGCACGGCGCGCUCAGGAAGCAGGCGGCCGUGGCCUUCCCGCACGCGCUCCCGCUGGCCGGCCACCAUGGGCACGCGCACGCGCACCAGCUGCUAGACGCGCAGAUCCCGUCGCCGCCGUCGCGCGGCUCGCCGUCCAACGAAGGCAUGUGCGCCGUGUGCGGGGACAACGCCGCGUGUCAGCACUACGGGGUCCGCACGUGCGAGGGCUGCAAGGGCUUCUUCAAGCGCACGGUGCAGAAGAAUGCAAAAUAUGUGUGUUUGGCAAACAAAAACUGUCCUGUGGAUAAGCGCCGGAGAAACAGGUGCCAGUACUGCCGCUUCCAGAAGUGCCUUGUUGUCGGGAUGGUCAAAGAAGUUGUUCGGACUGCCAGUCUGAAGGGUCGAAGAGGCCGUUUGCCGUCCAAACCCAAAAGCCCCCAGGAGCCCACUCCUGCCCCCCCACCGGUCAGCCUCCUCAGCGCACUGGUCAGAGCCCAUGUGGACUCCAACCCCUCCAUGUCCGCACUGGACUAUUCCAGAUUCCACGCCAGCCCUGACUACCAGCUGAGCGGAGACGACACGCAGCACAUCCAGCAGUUCUACGACCUCCUGACGGGCUCCAUGGACAUCAUCCGGGCCUGGGCCCAGAAGAUUCCUGGCUUUACGGACCUCCCCAAGCAGGACCAGGAUCUUCUGUUCGAGUCUGCAUUCCUGGAGCUUUUCGUCUUGCGUCUGGCCUACAGGUCUAACCCGAUGGAGGGUAAGCUGAUCUUCUGCAACGGUGUAGUGCUGCACAGGCUGCAGUGCGUGCGUGGCUUUGGCGAAUGGAUAGAUGCCAUUGUGGAGUUUUCCUCCAACCUUCAGAGCAUGAACAUAGACAUCUCAGCCUUCUCCUGCAUCGCAGCACUCGCCAUGGUCACAGAGAGACACGGGCUGAAGGAGCCGAAGAAAGUGGAGGAGCUCCAGACUAAGAUCGUGAACUGUCUAAAGGACCAGCUGGCCUUCCCCGGGGGAGGAGGAGGGGGAGGCGGGGGUGGUCCUGCCCGGCCUGCCCCACUGUCCCGCCUGCUGGGGAAACUGCCGGAGCUGCGCUCGCUCUGCACUCAGGGCCUUCAGCGCAUCUUCUACCUGAAGCUGGAGGACCUGGUGCCCCCGCCCGCAAUAAUAGACAAGCUGUUCCUGGACACGCUGCCCUUCUAG